AGAAGGCGGGCUGACGCGAUGUGGUUUUCUGGAGCUCCCGACAGAAAUUUCAAUGAUAAAAACAGUUAUAGAUACACAACUUAUAUAGCAACGAAGAGCUCUAAGAUUGGUAUUUUGUAAAUCCAACGAAACGGAAUGUGAGUUUGGAGCGCUGUCUGAAGUGAAGAUUGAAGACGUGAUAGAAGAUGAACCACUGCUAUGCUAAGAUGGCGACGUCCAGUCAAAGAGAAGGCGGAAGAGAAUCAGCGCUGUCAACUCCCAGCAAAUCAUCAACGGAGAAAAAGCCCAAAAGUGCAGAUAACGAUGUCCAGCAGUUCAUUGGUUGUCAAGAAUGUCCUACUGAGGGCGUUAGCUUCACUAUAAAGCAGGAACAUCAAGAGCACCCCAGCAUUAAAGAGGAAGAGGACGAACUCUGGACCACUCAGAAGACAGAGUGUCUUCACACGCUGGGGGAAGUUGAGCUCACCAAGUUGCCACUGACUGGUGUCUCUGUGAAGACUGAAGACCAUGAAGACAAAUCACCCGAGUCCUUACAACUUCAGCACAGUCCAAAUGAGGAGGACAGAGGGGCGGAGCCUGCAAGCAGCAGCUCACCGCAAUGCAUAAAAGCAGAAGUUGAUGGAGACCACUGGGAAGGUGAUACUCACACUGACAACAAACACUCUGAAUGCUCUAAAAAUAAGACCGGGAAGAAACGUUCCACCUGUUCAGUUUGUGCUAAAAGCUUUUCUACUAAGAGUAAUUUGAAUCGUCACAUGAGAAAACACAUCGGCGAAAAACCUUUUAGUUGCUCAGUUUGUGGUCAAAGAUUCUCUAAAAAUCGAAUCCUGGUAUCACAUAGGAAAAAACACACAGGAGAAAAACCUUUCAGUUGCUCAGUUUGUGGUCGAAACUUUUCUCAUAAGUCUACUCUGGUAUUACACAUGAGAACACACACAGGAGAAAAACCUUUUGGUUGCUCCGUUUGUGCUCAAAGAUUCUCUCAAAAACGUUGUUUGGUAGUACACAUGAGAAAGCACACAGGAGAAAAGCCUUUUGGUUGCUCUGUUUGUGGUCAAAGAUUCUCUCAAAAGCGUUGUCUGGUAUUACACAUGAGAAGGCACUCAGGAGAAAAACCUUUUGGUUGCUCUUUGUGUGGUCAAAAGUUCUCUGAAAAGCGAUCUUUGGUAAUGCACAUGAGAAGGCAUACUGGAAAAAAGCCUUUUGAUUGCUCUGUUUGUGGUCAAAGAUUCUUUCAAAAACCUUCUCUUGUAUUACACAUGAGAACCCACACAGGAGAAAAACCUUUUGGUUGCUCUGUUUGUGGUCAAAGAUUUUCUGACAAGGCAAAUGUAGUAUCACACAUGAGGACACACACAGGAGAAAAACCUUUUGGUUGUUCUGUUUGCGGUCAAAGAUUCUCACAAAAUGGAACUCUGGUUUCACACAUGAGAACGCACACAGGAGAAAAACCUUUCGGCUGCUCAGUUUGUGGUCACCUUUUCACUCAAAAGUCUACGCUAGUGUUACACAUGAGAACGCACACAGGAGAAAAACCUUUUGAUUGCUCUUUUUGCGGUCAAAGAUUCUCUCAGAAGGGGUGUCAGGUAGUACACAUGAGAACACACACAGGAGAAAAACCUUUUGGUUGCGCUGUUUGUGGCCAAAGAUUCUCUCAAAAACGCUGUCUGGUAGUACAUAUGAGAACGCACACAGGAAAAUAAACAUUUGGUUGCUAUGUUUGUGGGCAAAGAUUCUCUCAAAAGCGUGGUUUGGUAAUGCAUAUGAGAAUGCACACAGGAGAAAAACCUCUUAGCUGCUCAGUUUGUGGAAAGCCUCAUUCUAGUAAGAGAAGUCUGAGCGUACACAUGCGGACACACAACAGAGAACAUGAAAUAAAGUGAUUGUUAUGGAAGUGCUAUGUCACUCAUGAGAAGUCACAGCGAAAGUGUUGAGAUGAUGUGUAUGAUACCAGACUUUUUUUGCUCAGAUUUUGUUCUCAUCUGUCUUCUUUUGGACAUUAUAAGGGUCCAUCAGUGGUCAAGAAUUUGUGAUUGUAUUGUGACAGCGUGUUAUAGUAGUGUUGUACAUACAGACAGACUUUAAGUUACAAGGUCUCCUCCAACUUAACAACACUUACAUCUGCUUUAAUACAGAGAUAGGAACUACCCUGUGAAGAUAACAUGAGAUUAUGGAGAAAAUUACGAUGUUAUGUCUUUAGGGCGACCAGUCCAGGGUGUACCCUGCCUCUCGCCCGAAGUCAGCUGGGAUAGGCUCUAGCAUACCCCGUGACCCUAAUUAGGAUAAGCGGCAUAGAAAAUGGAUGGAUGGAUGUCCUUUUUAAGGACAAAGAGGCUAUUUUUAUUAUAUUCCUUUUAUAAAUAUUUUUACUAUUGUGUCCUAAAAUAUACUUUCUAAAAGUUCAGUAGCGAAGUCCAGUAGAUACAACAAUUAAAUAAAUGUAAAUAAGGUACUAUGUUAAAAGGCACCUGUAUGUGUGAUAUCAUGACUUGGUACUCGUGUUAGUAGGGUUGUAUUGUCAAACGCAGGGGUCAGCAACGUUUUUUCUUGCGAAAGCUACUUUUAGAAAAUGAAAAUGGCCACGAGCUACUCAUUUUUGUAGAAAUGAUUUUCAUACUUUAUUUCAACCCAAACAGAGCAAAUAUGCUUGUUUUACCAAAACAUUCACAAAAUGCUCACAUUUUAUGUUUCAGAAUACUUUUCUCUCUAGUGUUCUCACAUUAUUAACUGAACACCUGAAUGAAAAGCAGGCUUGCGGGCACCUCAUGUGGUCGUGGGGGGGGCUACCUUGGUGACCCCUGGUCUAACGCAACAUGCUUGUCAUGCAUGACUGUAUAUGGCUAGCCAUGGAUAUGUGUUGAAGUAAUGUCAUACCAGUGUGACAACAUUCUAAUUAGCCUAACCAAAAUACCAAAAGGUCACACUGUAAUGUGGUUGGCUUCAAAUGGUAGAAGAAAAAGUAACGUUAAGCCCAAUAUAGAUUUAUUUUUGGUUUUGCCUCAUUCGGAUUGUAUU